AAUAAACAACCUUUUAGUUUAACUUCGUUUGAAGGCAUUUAAACAGGCGGAGAAAAGUUUGUUGUGUUUUAAUGUAACAAAUAUGUCUGAGAUUUCAAGAGAUUCGAGUUAUGAAAAAGUUGAAGCUGUAGAGGAAACAAAUGAGUAUGAGCGGCAUCCGGAUUAUGUAGAUCUAUCAGAUUCUACUUAUGAUAGGAUACCGGAUCAACACUUUGAUGGGCAAGAUUAUGUUGAGCUGAAAAAUUCGUAUAAUGAAUAUACGACACCUUCGGAUGUUCAGGAUUAUAACCUAAAGGAUUCCUUGCAAUAUGAAAAACCUAUACAAGUUGUUCGUCCAUUCAGCCAGUUACAACCACCAAAACAACCAAAUAAUUUUGUACCCGAACUCUUUAAAAAUGGAACACAAUAUCUACAUUAAAUCAGUGUGGAACACACCCAUGUACACAAUGAAAAACAGAAUACUUACCAGACUCUUGAAGUGGACAACACAGUUCUAAGCAGCAAUGAAAGGCACUCUAACAAAAGCAAACGACCUUGUAUUGUUGGGGUGGCGUUGCUUUUGACAAUAUUGAUAGCAAGCGGCAUGGCAAUAUUCUUAGUUUUCCACUUCAAGGAACAAGAAAACAAAUCGACGAUGUCAACAACGUCAUUUUUCACUUCUACCAUCAUGACAACUAUGGCAUCUUCUGUAUUAUCGUCGGUUACUACAACAUCACUUGCCCAAAGUACACCUAUCUCCCAAACGAUUGCGCCUACAACACUCUCCAAAACAGAAGCUGUUAAUACAUCAACCACAACAACAACUGUUAUCCCCACCACGGUUAUUACAACAACACUGAACUUAACUACCACAACAGUUAUACAAACGGCAAAUCCAGUAACAACUGUCCCCACCACGGAGCUUUCAACAACACCAAGCCCAGUUACUAAAACAGUUAUACAAACGACAAAUCCAGCAUCGACUAUUUCAUCAGCAGGUGUGUACAAGGACUGUCAAGAGCUUAAGAUAAAUGGCUAUAGAAACGAUGGAGUGUACACAAUAUAUCCAUAUCUUUCGAUACAAUCACCAGUCAUAGUUUACUGUGAUAUGACCACAGAUAACGGUGGAUGGACGGUUUUUCAACACAGAAGAGACGGAUCUGUAGAAUUUUAUCUUCUCUGGGACGAUUACAAAAAAGGAUUUGGGGACCCAAACGGAGAGUACUGGCUUGGAAACGAUCAUCUUCACCAAUUGACUUCAUUAGGAACUUCAGAUUUGUACGUGCGUCUCGAAAAAUUCACUGGCGGAUGGGCCUAUGCAAGAUAUAACAAUUUCACUGUAGCUGACGAAUCAUAUGGUUACAGAAUGAGAUUGAAAGCCAGGUCAUAUCAAGGAAAUGCAGGAGAUUCAAUUGAAAGUCAUGGAACUACCAAUACAAAUGGCUACAAGUUCAGCACAUCCGAUAUAGAUAACGAUUUUGCUCCCGCAAGCUGCGCCGUCGCACGUCAAGGAGCAUGGUGGCAUAACGUCUGUACGUGGGCAAAUCUGAAUGGACGUUAUGGAAACGGAAGUUGUAUAGUCAGUGAGAAUUGUAACUUCUGGUAUUCGCUGACUAACAGCUAUAGUGGAGUUAAGACGUCAUUCAUGAUGGUUCGGCGUGUUUGAUGAUGCCUUCGAAUUGUGUUUGAACGUUUAUAUAAUUAUGUUUAUAGACAAUAAAUAUAAGAAUGCUCGCAAUGUUUUAUUCGAUACAGAGUUGUAACAUGUAUCGAAGUGAAUAUAAUAUCGCUAACAAACACGUAUCGUUUUUUAUCAAUUUUAUUUGAUUCUUUACUAGCUAUAAAGUUUAAUUAGAAUAAUAAUCAGAAAGUGCAAACGGGCAACAUGACUUUUGUACUUCUAAGUAGUUGGACUUUAAUAAUCCCAUAAAAUAUGCAAUUUAUGCUAAUAUCAUCACGAAUACGUUUAAAUAUUUAUGAACAUAUUACUAUGACAUUGUACGGAUGAUGGAACAACAUGGACACAGCUUCGACGUGAAUGUGCAUGUAUAUGAAAUGGUAUAAUGUGCAAAAUAAUAUAACGUUUUAAUUUUUUGUGUAUAAGAAGACCAAAACACAGUUUACAUGUAUAACAACGCUUUAAAGGGACUUGUACACGAUUUGAGAUAAAAAAAAAAAAAACUUUAUUUUUUAUGUAUAAAAUGAUUUACUGGUGUAUUGAUUUAAAUGAUCGACUCGACCAAAAUAUGGAAUGUUUAUGUCAAGUUACAAGCGAAAUACAGAGGUAAGAAUUGGUUGUUAUGUAAACAAAGCUCGAGUCUUAUAGUUGUUUACAAAAUAUUUAAUGUAGAGAUUAACUAUUUCUUGGAAAAAUGACAUGUAAAAAAAAAUUAAAACUAAUUGAAUAUCUUCAUGAAUACAAUUAUCAGCAAAAGAAAGAUACAUCUGACUUAAACUUACACUAAUACGACACAUAUGUAAAAAUAACAAUCUUCGAGCUUUGUUUACAAAACAAAGAAGCGUGAAAUCUUUAUCUUGCUUAUAACUUUAUAAUUAUUUGACUUUCAAAUUUUGAUAUAGCAUUAAAAACUUCUAUAUUUAUCAGUAUAUGCAUUAAAAAUGGAAAAAAAAAUGAAAUUUUUUUUCAAAUCGUGUCAAAGCCCCUUUAAGCCUUUGGUAAGUUGUUUGCCGAAGAACCUAAUUAUCAAAUUUAUCGAAUGUGCAAUUACGUAUUUACAACAGGUUCUUUGUUUUAAAAAAAAGAUAAUUCAUUUUAGCUAGCUAGCAUAUCGCAUCAUAAAUGAUUUUUUCUAUACAAUUGUA